UUUCUCCCUUUCCAUCUCCCAACACAGAGACCAAAUUAAACACCCCAUUCUUGAAUGUAAAACCAAACCGGUUGGUUUUGUUUCUGUUUCGAGGAAAUUAAGAAAAAAUAGGAUAUAUAUUUGGUAUGGAAAGGGUAGAUGAGAUUAUUGGGAGAAAGUUGAAAACGGAGAUGGAGGCUGCAGCUUCAUUAUCGUCGCCGGAGAUGGUGAUGGGAAGACGGCAGGUUUUGGGGACGACGUUGAAUACUAUUACACCUUGCGCCGCAUGUAAGCUGUUGAGGAGGAGAUGUGCGGAGGAGUGCCCUUUCUCUCCUUAUUUCUCCCCGCAUGAGCCCCACAAGUUCGCCGCCGUUCACAAAGUCUUCGGCGCCAGCAACGUUUCCAAGAUGCUCAUGGAGGUGCCGGAGAGCCAGAGGUCGGACGCGGCGAACAGUUUGGUGUACGAAGCAAACGUGCGGCUGAGAGAUCCGGUGUACGGCUGCAUGGGUGCAAUUUCGGCUCUGCAGCAGCAAAUUCAGUUCCUACAAGCCGAGCUUAAUGCGGUUAGAGCCGAGCUUCUAAGGCAUAAAUAUCGAGAAGCCGCCGCCGCCGCAGCCGCCAACAGCAUCAUCACCUCCGCGCCGGCUUUGGCGGCGGGAGCCGUCUCCGUCGUUGAGUUGCCGCAAGCUCCGCCCACACCUACUCCCCCGCCGUCGCCUCCUCCCCCGUCGGUGCUUGUUGUUUCUUCUUCUUCGUCGUCCUCUUCCACUUCUCCGCCGUCCUCGGCUCCGUCGUCUUUGUACACGCCGGCUUCCACCGUGGCAAGCUUUGGUACCAUUCAGACCAUUAACAUGCCUUUUUUUGACUAAUGACACUAAAACUCAUUUCAUUAUUGUGUUGUUAAUACAUUAAUUAAUAAUCCUUAAUUAAUCCGUAAAUGUUUAUUGUGUUGUUUUUCCUUCGGUACAAAAUUAGGGGAUAAAUGUUUGUAUUUUAGAAGCUGAAAAACUCAUAAGUUCUGCAAUAUCUAAAACUUCAG